AUAUAUGCAACUCUGAUGCCGCGAGUGCUGGCUCCACUUCACCAGAGCAAGAAGAGCCGCGAGAGCAGAGACCAGACCAUGGCAUUGGACGAGUCGUUCAAGAGGCCCGGCACCGUGCCGUUCAAGUGGGAGGUGCAGCCGGGCAUCCCCAUCCCCAAGCAGCAGCAAGAACCAGCCGGCGACGUGCCUCCUCCAGCUCCAGCGACUAGUCCGAGGCUGGCGCUUCCUCCCGCCGCCCGGGUCGUCGGCGCGCCGUGCCGGCGGGCCUCCUCGUCGGUCCCGCUCUCGCCGCCGGCCCCGCAGCCGUCGCACCGGCGGUCCAUGUCCGCGCGCUUCGCCACGUCGCUGGCGCUGAUGCCCUUGCCCUUCACGCGGCGGGGACGGGGAGGACGAGCCAAGGACGACGCUGCCCAAUUCUGCCUGCUCUAGUACGCCGAGACCGCUUAAUCUUUAUCUAGAUAAGCACUCCGUAGAAAUCAAAUGUAUGUAUAUGUGUAUGUGUAUGUGAUCCUCCGAUACUCGUAUGUGAACAAUCGACGAAUGAAAACGAGUAUAAAGAAUCGAUUUCGACACAAGAAAUUUCGAGUA